AGUAGUAUAUAAAACGCACUGGUGAAGUAUUUUACAUUAGAUUAUAUUACUAUCUAAAAAAAUCCACGUCUAAAGAUGAAAUUCAUUUUCGGAAUUGUGACUUUAAUCGCCGCUGUCGGUCAUCUCAACGCCCACGUAGUACCAAAUCUUGGCUCAGGUGCACUGGCCCAAGAAUUCCAAUAUUUCCUAAACAUCAUACCCAUCGACGAUGUGAUAGAACUUACAAAAGCUUAUUUAGUCAGAGACAAAGAAUUCCAAUGGAUCAUGUCCUUUAUACAAUAUGAUGAUAUAAAGAAUUACAUCGAAGAUUUGGAAAAUAUGAUGGAAUUCAAAGAUCUUAUGAAUUAUUUGCAAAACAAUGGUCUCGACGCUUAUGUUAUUUUGAAUGAAUUGAAAGAUUCCUUAAAAGAAGAACAAGUGGUAGUUUCGUCUGAUUCUCAGAUCAAGAUCACUGGAGGUAUUGAAGGUUUCAUUAAAGAUCUCUCGACCAUCUUGCCAGUAUUCGAUUGGAUGAACAUGUAUGAAUACAAGAUUGAGACUUCCGAUGUAUUCAGAAAUUUCGUAGAGGAACUCUUUGAUUCUCAAUAUGAGGUUUUAUUCACAAGCACCUUCACAAAUGUCCAUUUCCAGAGAAUGUUAAAACAACUUAAAUAUCUUAACGUCGAUAGCGAAACAUUCCACAUAAACUUUGUCACUUUACUCAGUAUUAAAGAAUUGAUUCAUUAUUAUUUUUAAAUAAUAGGGAUAAGAAUAUAUAUAAAUCUUAUUUAUAAUUUUUAUAAUGUGUUAAAGCUUUAUUGACAAUAUAUAGUAUUAUUAAUACUAUAUAUAUUUAAUAUAUAUAAUUAUUAUCUAUUAAAUAAUAAAAAA